CUGCCUUUCCUCGCCGUCGUCGAGUCUCCGAGACGAGAGGCCCAGUCGCGCUCGUGCCGCGGUUAGUGCGUGUGAUACAGUGGUGCUGUUGCACUUUUUUCGCUUCUUUUUUUCCGCGCAAAGGAAAGCCGGAUUCUUCUCGUCGGAGCCCGCGGUGUCUCUGGAUUCCUCGGAGCGAGAUUUUUUCCCCUCAGUAAGAUGAGCGUCAGCAGCAGCCGAAUGGAUCCAACGACCUCGAUACCGGCGUUCUACGCCGGUCGAAGCAUCUUCGUGACCGGCGCCACGGGCUUCAUGGGCAAAGUGCUGAUCGAGAAGCUGCUCUGGUCCUGUCCCGACAUACAGGAGAUCUUCCUGCUGAUGCGGCCGAAGAAGAACAUGAGCAUCGACGACAGGCUGAGGAAAAUGCUGACUCUGCCGCUGUUCGACAGACUCCGGGAAAAUCGUCCGGAGGCGUUCGACAAAUUGAUCCCGGUACAGGGUGACGUGAGCGCCGAGGGUCUGGGCUUACCUGCCGUCGAGAGGCGAGUUAUCAUCGAGAGGGUGUCGAUCGUCUUCCACGUGGCGGCCAGUGUCAGGUUCGAUGACCCCAUCAGGGAUGCCAUCUUCAUGAACACGAGGUCCACGAGGGACGUCUGCAUACUCGCUGCGAACAUGAAGAAGUUGGUGGCACUCAUGCACGUGAGCUCGACCUACAGCCACACGGACAAGUAUGUGGUGGAGGAGAAGCUCUACCCCUGCGACGUCGACUGGAAAAAAGCUAUCAAAAUAGCCGAGACCGUCGAUGACCACACGCUCAGGAUCCUGACGCCCAAAUACAUGGGAUCUUUCCCAAAUACGUACACAUUCACGAAAAGACUGGCCGAGGGAGUGGUUGCCGACUUUGCCGGUAUAUUACCAAUCGUCGUGUUCAGACCAUCCAUUGUGAUAUCGUCGAUGGAAGAGCCGGUCCCCGGUUGGCUGGACAACUUCAACGGACCUGUGGGUAUGAUGGUAGGCGGCGGCAAGGGUGUCCUCAAGGUCGUCUUCUUGGAGUCCCAGACGACGGCCGAUUUCAUACCGGUCGACAUUGCCAUCAAGGCAAUGAUCAGCGCGACUUGGAAGCGCGGAAUUAACACGAUCACCAAGGAUCCCAACAUCUACGUCUACAACUGCUCGAGUUCGGACAUUAAGAGCAUCAGCAUGGCCGAGAUAGCGGAGAUGGGAAUUCGCUUCAUGGAGACGAUUCCCCUGGACAACAGUCUCUGGCUUCCCAGUAUCAACAUCGUAAGGAGCAAAUUAGCCUACUACUUGCUCACGCUGCUGCUUCACCUGCUGCCCGCGGUCAUCAUCGACACGGCUCUCAAGCUCGCCGGGAAGAAGCCCAUGCUGGUAAGACUGCAGCGCAAAGUCUACACGGCUAACAGCGCUUUGGAGUACUUUUUAACGAACGAAUGGAAGUUCAAGAACGAAAAGUUGCUCGACCUCUUGACGGAUACUCCGCCGGCCGAUCUCGAGUCGUUCGGAUUCGAAUACGCCACGUUUGACAUACACAAGUACUUCCAGAACUGCGUAGUCGGCGCGAAAAAGUACUUACUCCACGAAGACAUGAGCAAGCUACAAGAAGCCAAAGUGCACAACGAUCGAAUGUACUGGGUAGACGUGGUCUUCAAAGCCUGGUUGGUGGCCAUGUUCGUCUGGUUCCUGAUGCACUUCGGCCUUGUCAAUCUGGCCAUUCGAUCUUACCGAUCGACCGUCGAGAUAUUCGACGCAUAACGCGACGCGCGUCACAGUCAACUGGACCUCGCGCGCACAUGGGAAUCCCGAUUAUGAGAAGCCACGCCUCAUUCUGCAUUGUAAAGUGGCGUCUAAAAGGAGCAGCGCAGCCGUCAUGCGUCAGUGUUUAAUGGUCGCGAUUCACGGGAAGAGGAAUACCGCGAGAUCGUAGGAAAUAAAUCGGUAUCGUUUUUCCCAUUCGCGGAAUCAGCGCAUUGCGUAGGUGAUAGAGAUACCGAUCGCCGCCGUCGUCGUGACGCGACAGUAUGUAUGUAAGGUAUUUGCAUAUUGCAAGAUUUAUUCCGAUGGAUAAUAAUAGACUUGCCGAUUCGAUCGCGAACAGGUACUUAUUUUUGUAAAGCGACUUGCUGCUCUUUCGGGGUCCAGUUGACGAUGUUUGUGUGUGUGUGUGUGUGUGGGUGUGCGUGGGUGAUGUAUGCUCUCUCUCUCUCUCUCUCUCUCUCUUUCUCUCUUAGAUUGAGUAAUCGCCGAUGACAGAUUGGCGUCGGAGAAAAUCGGAACUUCAUUUUCAAGCUUCGAAGAUUUUGUAACUAAUAACCUCAUGGUUUCAAGUGUAAUAGUAUACAAUCGUGAAGACAUGUAAUCGCGAUUGUUGAUCAGCUAUAGUAUGUCUAUAAAUAAAGAAAAUGUAAAAACACA